AUGUCCUGGCUGCUCCCAUCCCUCCCUUCCCUCUGGGCCAAGCCCGAGCCCCCAGUCGCCGCCGAGUCGAACGGCGACGACAAGGCCACUGCGAACGGUAACGGCAGUCGCAAGCCCGACGUCUCCGUUGGUGUCGAGGAAGACGAGGAGGAGGACCUCGACGUGCCCCCGCCGUUCCCGCUGCCGGACUCGUACCAGCGUUCCGCCGCACCCAUCACAACAGCCAUGGCGCCUCCCCCGCCGCCGGCAUUCGCCCUCGCUCCCCCCUCGCCGACCCGUUCAGACCGGGACGCGACUCCGCCGUCCGACUUGAACAUUGCCAUCCUGCCCGACGCGGUGCCGCUGGGCGACAUGGCGCCGCCACCGAGCACGACGACCAAGCCCGCGUUCGGCAUCAAGCCCGGCGGCGGCAUGCCCCCUCCCACCGUGUCGAUUUCGUCGUCGUCGUCGUCGCCAUCAUCGCUGGCGCCAGCGCAGACACCCGCGGCCGACGUGAAGCAGGUGUUGACCAAGGAGAAGAAGAAGCGCGGCAAGGUCGCCCUGGGCCCCGGGUGCAGUGCCCUCGACUGGGCGCGGUUGGCCAAGAGCGGCGCCGACCUGCGCGGGACGGGGAGCAUGGUGCCGCUGCGUGUGACCAUGGCAGAGCUGCAGAAGCACAAGACCCCCGACGACGCAUGGUCCGUCUUCAAUGGGAUCGUGUACAACCUGACGCCGUACCUCCGUUUCCAUCCCGGCGGCGAGGAGGAGCUCAUGCGCGUCGCCGGACGCGACGGCACCAAGCUGUUCAUGCUCACCCACUCCUGGGUCAACAUGGAGCACCUCAUGGCCGAGUGUGCCGUCGGCAUGCUCGUGCGCGGCUAG